UAAUGGUAGAGCUUGAAAGAGAUCCUGAUGAUGAAGAGAUUGUAUUACUUAAAGACAAUCAAUAUGAUAAAGAAAAUGAGAAAUUUCGUGCUAUUGUUAAUAUAUUACUUGAACCUCUUUGUGCUG